UUCUUGUAUUUCCCUCCGCUCCUCCUCUUUUCGCGGCCUUUCUUCUUCUGAUCCUUCAGCUCCAGGGUUCUCCCGGUUCCCGUCCAGGCUUAAAGCGGCUUCUAUGCCAGUAGGCCUAUAUCUAUACUGGUUUUCCGUUUUUCUCAGAGGUGGUUUCCCGGUGGUCCGACUCCUUGUUUGGAUCGAGCGGUAUCUAGGCUGAUCUGUUAGUCUAACCGUAGCUAUUGCUUUUCGUAAUCUAAAAGGGUUUUUUUUCCCCGGUCUUUCAGAGCUUUUUGCCGGUGGACUUCCUUUUCUUAGAGGCCGGUUUUGGUUCCGGAUUUGAAGCGGGUUCUCGGCCGAUCUAUUCGCGUAGGAGGAUCUUGGUUCCGUUCCGGAUUAGGUUGUUUUGGAGGCGGUGUUUGACCUCUAAGAGCGGAUUUCGGGUGAGGUCUCGUAGAUCUGUCUCAGCCGUCUUUCGAACUGGAGGGAAGAAAUCAAGGAUUCUUCAUUGGGGAUUUCUGGUGUGAUCCUAUGGCUGCAAAAACACAGCCCGAGAAGCCUCUAGAUGAAACCACCAAGAAUCGUAAAGUCGAUCGUUCUAAACCCAGUGAUGCCAAUCUGGCUUCUUCAAAAGAUGGAAGCCCAUCUGAUGCAACAUCGUGUAUAUCCUCUGGGGAUGUAGCAGGGAGUAUCAAGGAAGGUGACUUGGAUCGUGAGUCUCUGGUGGCUGAGCAUGGCAUGUACUAUCCGGCUGGCAGCUAUUAUGGAUACUACUAUCCAGGUUACGAUGGUUCUCUUGGAGAAUGGGAUGAUCAAGGAUACUUCAUAGGAAGUGACGGUCUAGAGGUUCAGUAUCCUGCAAUACAAGCUGAUAAUGGAUCUCUUAUCUACUAUACACCAGUGCUUCAACCUGGUUUCGUUCCUUAUGGUUCAUACUUGCCUGGAGCCACAGUUGGAAUUGAUGGUCAGUAUUUGGGUCAACAGCCAUACUUUCCAAGUCCUGUGUUUCCACAAUCCAUUCCUUCCCCUGGAUAUUUUCCAAAUCCUGUCCCUUUUGGUUCGGAGGUAGUAUCAUCAUACUUCUGGGAUCCAUCUCUUCUAGUUGGAGAUGCGGGCAAUGGAAAUGGCUAUGGAGUUCCGACAAUCACGGGUUCUAAACCUAAUCUCUCUUCUCCAGCUCAUAACCUAGCUUCUGUUUCUCCAAAAACUUUGUCAACAAAGACCAAUAAUCAGGCAGAAAUUAAAGCUUCAACCCCACCAUUAGAUGUUACAUCAGGUGCUGGCGUGCUCAACCAAUUAAAGCCAACAAAUAAGGUAGCAACUGCUUUGCCAAAGGGAUACUUUCCUUUAGCGAAGUUACAAGGAAAGAGUGGUCUGCUCUAUCCUAACACUCCUAUUAAUUUCAAAGCAAAUGGACGAGGUUGGAGCGGCACUGAAAAGCUUAAAUCAAAAACUAGUGGCAUUAGUGAUUUUGACUGGCUAAAUGAACAGAACCGUGGUCCUAGAACAAAUAGCACCAAGGUCCCUGUUUUGGAAGUUGAUAUAGCUGGAACUUUGACUCCUGAUGGCAACAACCACCUUGACAUCACAGCCCCUGUUGUCAGGAGGGAACAGUACAACCUUCCUGAUUUUCCUACUAAAUAUGAUCAUGCUUUGUUUUUUGUCAUUAAAUCUUAUAGUGAGGAUGAUAUUCAUAAGAGUAUUAAGUAUAAUGUGUGGGCAAGUACUCCCAAUGGGAAUAAGAGACUAGAUGGCGCCUAUCUUGAUGCACAGGAGAGAAUGGGGGAGAAAGGCAACAAAUGUCCAGUCUUCCUUUUCUUCUCGGUAAAUGCAAGUGGUCAGUUCUGUGGGGUAGCAGAGAUGAUUGGCCGAGUAGAUUUUAACAAGAAUAUGGAUUUUUGGCAACAAGACAAGUGGAAUGGUUAUUUCCCAGUGAAGUGGCACAUCAUAAAAGAUGUUCCAAAUCCACAGUUUCGGCAUAUAAUACUGGAGAACAAUGAUAACAAACCUGUAACAAACAGCAGGGAUACACAGGAGGUUAAAUUUGCCCAAGGCAUUGAGAUGUUGAAUAUAUUUAAGAACUAUUCAUCGAAGACAUCGAUAUUAGAUGACUUUGCUUUUUAUGAAAGCCGCCAGAAGGCAAUGCAAGACAAGAGGAUAAGGCCAUCUACACCCCGUUUGGAUCAUGUGCAGAAAGCGGGUGAUAUCACACAAGUAAUCACUGGUCUUCAGUCGAUUGACCUUAAUGCUGCCAAGAAGAGCAAUGAAGAAGUGGCGGUGCGAGAUAAAGCAAAGGAUUAAAGGGAAGAAGGCCUGAACGUACAGAGCAUAUAUUUCAAGCGAGCAUCACCUGAAGGACCUAAUAACAGGCUGAUGGAUUGAAGGUGCCAAUUCUAUCGUCAAGGGAGGAAAGGGAAAAACCAAAAAAGAAAAAAAAGUCGAGAUACUUUUUGGGUUGUGGAAUGUUGCAAUGAAUUGAUCUUUUGUUGAGGGAAGCGAGAUAGUGGCCUGGCUCCAAGGUGCUUUUUUGGGUAAAUGAAGGGAAAAAAAAAGAAGAAAGCUGCAGUAUGCUUGGAUGCAUCGGCGAUUGGCAAUCCUUUAAUAUCGGGUUUCUCUGUAGUUUUUGUUUUCUAAUAUUUCUUUUGGCUGUAGGAUCUGUUUGAUCCACAGAAUGUGCGUGUAGCGUACUGUGUAGUUUGUUGGCGUAGUGGGGGUGUGUGUCGUGUUGUGUGCGUCGGUGGGUGAGGAUGUGAAUGUAGCCGGGGCACAGUUGUGGGAUUAUUGACUUUUAGGUGGACGGAUGUGUGGCCCCGAGCUUCAGCAUUUUAGUGGUAAUGUUUUUUCUUUUCAAUUUCUUUUUUGUAGGGGAAAAUGAUGGUGGAAGAAAGAAAGUGUGAAGAGGAGGAAAUUAUACAACACAGAUUUAAAGAAAAAGUAAAAAAAAAAAAUGAUGAAUGGAUAUGGUUUCCUGCUCUCUCUCUCUCUCUCUUGUUAUUAUUCCUUGCCAUUAACUUGGCUGUUACACGAAACCUAGAAAAAAAUUCCUCAAUACUUGUGCCGAAUGGGUGUUGGGGCAAUUUGUUGGU